AUGUCGGAAUCAUUCGCGCCUCUGAACAUUGCUCCCCAAGAUGACGGCACGGGAGUCAUUGCGCCGUCCUCAGCAGACGCACCAGAGCCUGCGCCGAUUACUGAGCAGGAGGUCGGCGAGUACCGCGAGCAGGACCGCUUCCUCCCCAUCGCGAACGUUUCGCGCAUCAUGAAGGCUGCCGUGCCGGGCACGGCGAAGAUCUCGAAAGAGGCGAAGGAGUGCGUGCAGGAGUGCGUCUCCGAGUUUAUCAGCUUCAUCACGUCCGAGGCUGCGGAGAAGUGCCAGAUGGAGAAGCGCAAGACGAUUGGGGGCGAGGACAUCCUCUAUGCGAUGGUCACGCUUGGCUUUGAGAACUAUGCGGAGACGUUGAAGAUUCACCUCGCGAAGCUGCGGCAGCAUCAGGCCACUGCCAAUAGCGAGAAACGAGAAACUGGCGAGACGCACGGAGAGGAAUGA